AUGGACGCCGAGCAGCGGUCGCAGGGAACACCCGAAGUCGCCACGUCCAGGAGCCAAACAGGUCUCUUCUUUUUUAGUGAAGCGUUCGCUCCCGUGCCAGUGAAGCUGGUAAAGAAGAUCCAGGCGCUGGAAUUUGUCGAUAUGGCAAAUUUGCUGCCGGACAACAUAAAGAUGCGUCGGCGAGAGGAGGGCUCGUCUCUGGGAGAGGCAGUGAUGGCGGUGGGCAGGCCUGGAAAGUGGCGUUUGAUAGUGGACCUGUCGUCUCCUCAUGUAGUGAGCGUAAACGAUGGCAUCGAUAAGCAGCUGCGCUCAUUGUCAUAUGUCCGCAUUGACGACGACGCGCGGCGCGUUCUUCAGAUCGGAACGGGUACUCUGUCGGCAAAACUGGAUCUACAGAGUGCCUAUAGGGUGAUACCUGUACAUGGCGAAGACAGGCAUCUUUUGGGAAUGAGGUGGAAUGGGCGAAUUUAUUUGGAUACCGCUCUUCCAUUCGAGUUGCGCUCUGCGCCUAAGAUCUUCUCGGCGGUGGCGGAUGCCUUUAAUAUUGUGGGCUAUGUACGGUACGGGCGUGUCUUCAGCGCUCCAUUAUUGAGACGAUUUUCUCUUCUUUGGCGAGCCAGGGUUCGAGUAAUGUUCCAACAACCUGAGUCACGCAUUGGCAACGUGCAGAAGUUUGGGCGUUCGGUAGCGGAGCACAAGAUCGAAGGCCUGGCCUGUUGCAUGACAUUCCUUGGCAUUGAGAUUGACACAAACGAAGGUUGCUUGCGUUUACCCGAUAAUAAGCUGCGGCGCCUCUGUGAGCUGCUGAGGGAAUGGUCGCACAAGCGAGCUUGUACGAAGCGGGAGCUGUUGUCGCUGGUCGGUCUAUUGCACCAUGCCGCCCCCGUCGUUAAAUCUGGUCGGAUGUUUGUUCCGCGGUUGAUUGACUUGUCGGCGAUUCCGAAGGAGUUGCACUUCCACGUUCAGCUGAGCAAGGAGGCUUGCUCGGAUAUUUGA